AGUGGAUUGUGUGUGUUAAUGUAUUUCUGACGAAAAUAUUCGUUUUAGUAUACUAGCCUGACUUUUAACUUAAAGCUAUGGUUCAGUUUUUCUAUAAAACUUGUAUUCUCUUCAUUCGAUCUUCCAACGCCACACAUUAUUAUAUUUCUCAAACGAAAUUUCUCUCUUCAAACAAGAAAUACUUAAAGACUGCUCGAUCUCUUCAAAAUGUAUCUAAACAAACUUCCCACUCACAAUUUAAUAUAUUCUUGCUAUCAUUCCAUAAACAGAUUAACUCAUUUCUUGCAAUGAUUUUUGUUUUUGAAAAUGUAGCUAGCAACAAAACUUCUUCCAUUUUUUCGUAACUCAUAUAUAUAGCUUCUGCCUUCUGCUAUCAGAUUUCAUUUCUCUCAAAAUUAUUUUUCUUGGUUUCAUCUCAUUUUUUGGAGGGAUUUUUGAGAACAUCUUUAAAAAAAAAAUAAUCUUCCAGUUCUUAUUUGUUAAUUCUUAUAGUUUAUGCUCUCAUCUCACUUCUCUCAAAUUUGUUUCUCUCGCAGGGAUUCAUGGGGAAGUUUGCCUCAAGAUCUCCUCAGAAGUUCUACAAAUUUGCUUAACCCUAACUUUACCGAAGGUGGGGCACUAAGAGGUGUCAACACUCAUUGGAGGAACACAUUUCUUUCUUUCCGUGAAGGAGGUUUCGUAGAGGAAAGGCCGUGGUUGUUGUACCGUGAAAGGGGAUCCCGAGUUGCCCAUUUCUAUGACCCUGUGAGAGAGGAGCUACAUCAUGGGAAAGACCCAUAUCUUGAAGGGGCCAAAUUCUUAGGAUCAACAUUGGGUUGGGUUGUUAUGUCCAACUCCAGUGCCAUACACCGACGUCAAGACCACCAAGCUUUCUUAUACAACCCGUUCACUUCACAACGGUACCAACUACCCCUUCUCACCACUGAUAACCCAUGUGUGAUCCGUUACGGUGUGCUCACCGGAGAUCCCCGUCAAGACAACACUUAUGCUUGUCUCCUAGCCGAUAGCUUUCACGAAAAUAAUCAUAUGGUGAUAGCGCAUAUGCAUGCUCCUAGUCGACAAAUAUAUUAUGUAGCCAAGAGUAACGGAGACUGGGAUCAGAACUGGUCAGUGACUCGUAUCCCUACCUUCAACCAUCCAAUUUGUGGUUCGACUAUAGAUUCCCUCUCCCCAUCUGUGGACAAAAUAUCAAUUAUUUUAUGGGGCCAUACUCUUGACUUCACCUUCCGAACCCAAAAUUGGAAUGUCUCAAAUACUCAAGAGAAUGAUACCAUCGAAUGGAAUCCUUUCCACGGCCAAUCUUUUGAUCAGAUCAAACAUCGACUUCAGAUAUUUCCACAAACUCUAGACAUUAUCGGCACUAAAACUGAUCGCGAGAGAGUGAAAAACCGCACUUGGGGUGCUAACAACCAAAUCGUUUCUUACACUGACGGAGUUUGGGUUGAGGUUCGCGCUUAG